GGGUCUUUGACAAAUGGGCAGAAAGCAACCAAUAUGUAUAUAUACAUCCGCUAGACCUAAUCUAUAUCUCUUCUAUCUCUCUCCCUCUCACAUUCAUCCGAUCCCUCGCUUCGCUUGCUCAUCGUUUGCCGUUUCAGAAUCGAGGGGAAGCGAACCAAAUCGAGAACAUGGAGGUGGAGAAAGCGUUGGUGCUAUGGAACAUCAGCAGCUGUCCGAUUCCAGAUGGUCAUGAUCCUCUUAUGGUGGUUCAGAGAAUACAAGCGGCGGUGGAGAAGUCCGGCUACGUCCGCCGCAACGGUGAGAUCUCAAUCACUGCCAUUGGCAACAAACUAACAGAGGUCCCUGGCGAAGACGUCAUGAGGAGGCUCUCUUCCAUCGGAAUCGCUCUUAAAAACGCUGACGAAUAUCAAAUGGAUUUGUAUAAUUGGGCCGACGAGAACCCUCCUCCGGGUACUAUGAUGGUCAUAGACGGUCAAGAGCAACUGGGAUGGUUAGCAGGAACACUUUCCGAGCUUGAAGAUAAGGGAUUCAGAAUUCUUCUUGCAUAUCCUCACCGUGACCUAGCAGCCACACCCUUCCCAUGUAAACAGUGGGAUUGGGCUGCCUUGUUCUCAGAUGAACAGGAGACGACAACAGCAACAACAACAAGCCUUAUCGGUGGAUCUCCCUGGUUCUGUGAAGUAUGCUUUGUUGCUGCCCCAAGCCUUGAAGAUUUCACCACCCAUCUCAAGUCUGUAAAACAUGCAUAUGGUGAGUGGGACAGGCAUGCUAGUAAAAACAAUGUGGAUCGUACUAACCCUGCUAACCUGCCCUUUGGUCGAUCAAAUGAGUUGGACUUGCUGCUUAAUCAAGACAUGCUUAGACGUCAGAUGUUAACGUCCGGGCGCGGGCGCGGGCGCAGGCGCGGGCCGCUCGGCCCUCUUAGGCCUCAACACACAUUUAACCUAACGCAUUCCAAGUAUUGAAGGAAGAAGAAUAAUAAGCUGGAGAGUGGAGAAGAAGCGUGGAGGGUGUUUCGAUUUUCAUAUGCUUUUAUGUAGUAAAUAAAAAUACUUGCUACUGUGCUAUCUUUUGUUAAUCGCAAUUCAGUCUUACAUA